AUGCUCUCAUCGGCGUCCUUAUCUCCGCCUCCUUUAGAUUUACGGCCCGCCCUGAACACCCAGGCGUCAACCAAUACAAACUUAAGUGAGGAUAAGUCUCAUGCGCCCUUAGUUAAACCGCCCUAUUCCUACAUUGCUCUCAUUACCAUGGCAAUUUUACAGUCGCCGCAUAAAAAAUUAACCCUAAGUGGAAUAUGUGAUUUUAUAAUGACGAGGUUUGCAUACUACAAAGAAAAAUUUCCAGCGUGGCAAAACUCCAUACGUCACAAUCUGAGUUUAAACGAUUGCUUUAUAAAAGUUCCACGGGAGCCGGGAAAUCCAGGUAAAGGCAAUUUUUGGACCCUAGACCCACUAGCCGAAGAUAUGUUCGAUAAUGGCAGCUUCCUACGGAGAAGAAAGCGGUAUAAAAGAGCUCCGGUUGCACAUCGGUUUCCGUUUCCCUCAGUGUUUGGUCCAUUUUCACCAUUUUGGAUAAGAAAACCCGUUCCAGUGCUGCCAGUACAUUUUAAUGUUGCCAAUUUUGGUAACACCCAUGAUCCUUUUGAGUCAGUUAGCUCGCAGGCCGAUGCAAUUGAUGUAACAUCUCCCAACAACAAAUUUGACUUUUUCGCUAACCUAGAAACUCCGUUUUAUCAUAACACUGACAAAAUCGAAUUAAUUCGACAGAAUGUAGCGCGUUUCCGACGAACGGCUGAUAAUUUGGAAACGACAAAUCCAAAUGAAAUGUUAAAUAAUUCCGAUUUGAACAGUUUAUACAGGAAAAUCCCUACAAUGGGUGAAUAUCCACAACAUAACGAUCCUCCUGUUAACGGAUUGGGCUAUGCUAGCCUCGAACAACGAAGCCCCGACAGAAAUUACAAUGCCAUCGAAGAUAUAUCCUGCGACAGAAUUGACGUUGAAAGCGAACACGAGGAAUCACAUAAAUCAGAUUCAUCCGACAUAGUGUGUACUCGAAUUGAAAGGCUACAAUCCGAUGCGAUUAGUGAUGCAUCUACGCUAAAGAAGGCAAAAAGAUCUCUUCAGUUCAUGAACAAUAACGAAAAAUGUAGCAAGGUUUCUAAUAGCUUAAAUCCAUAUGUCCUUCUGUUUGAAAACUCAAAUCUAUCCGAAAACUCACUUUCUGUUUCGACAACUCCUGAAGACAAUUUUUCAAACAAAAUCCUGAGUUCCUUGGAGUCUUCAAAUCGAAAUAUCUUUAAGCCAACACUUUUGUCUCUAGAUUUCGAUCACAGCAAAACAAAGCACAGUCAUUCAAAAGAUUUCAGUAUAGAGACUUUAAUUGGCAAUGCAGCGGAGUUUGGUGAAACAUAGUUUUAUUAUAAUUUAUAACAUUAGUUAAUUUAAUCGUAUAAUAAAGAGACACAAAUUUA